AUGUCAGUCAGUGACGAGGGCUUCAAGAUUGCAUUGGAGGAGGCCAAAAAAGGUGCGAGCGAAGGGGGGGUUCCCAUAGGAGCUUGCUUAGUCGCAGCGGAUGGAUCGAUCAUAGGCCGUGGACACAACUUGCGAGUGCAACGGAACAGCGCCAUUCUGCAUGCCGAGAUGAGUUGCUUGGAAUUUGCUGGUCGCCUCCCUGCAUCUGCAUACUCAGGCUCUACUAWGUAUACGACACUCUCACCUUGCGACAUGUGUACAGGAGCGUGUAUCCUGUACAAAGUCUCACGUGUGGUGAUGGGAGAGAACAACACCUUUGUCGGAGGCGAAGCACAGCUGAAAGAACGSGGCAUUGAGAUUGUGAAUCUCAAGUCCGCCGAGUGCGAGCAGUUGAUGAAGCAAUUCAUUGAAGAUCAUCCCGAAGACUGGAACGAAGAUAUCGGAGAGAGCUGA